AUGGCAUCACUUGGUUUACAUUUAUUAAGUGUUGUAGUUGGUGUGAUAUUUAUUUUUUUGGGUCAUAUAAAAUUAACACCACAAUUUUUUCCUGAAUAUCAUACACAAAUACGAAAUGAAUUUGGUAAAUUAAAUAAAGAAUUUCCAUUUUAUCAUUUAACUGGGUGGCGUCCAUAUGCAAAAAAUUAUCGCAUAGCUGUAGGUGUUGCUGAAAUGUCUUCAGGAAGUUUAUUGAUUCUUGGUGGAGCUUUUUCACAAUCAAUGGCAAAUGUGGUGUUACUUGUGAUAAUAACAAAUAUGAUAAUUGCUUUUCAAAAAUUACAUUUUAGUAUGGAAUAUAUUGGUGGAGCAAUAUUUCUUGCAUUUUUACUGAUAUUACGAUUGGUAUUGGCUUCAAAAUCAAAAACAGCUAAAGCUACUAAAAGAAAUUUAGAAAAAAAAGUUGAAUGA